UCUGCAUUUCAAACGCAAAACGGCAAAACGGUCUCGGUACAUUGAGCGGCGUAUUUGUGUGUGGUCGUAACAGUUUUUUGGCAAGAUUCCCUUGUUCCUUCGGGAGCGAGUUAUAUAAACUACACGUCGAUAUGUUUGCGCUACAACGAAGUUAUAAAUAGAUUUUUGACUGAAAUUUACGUUCUGACAUUUUUGCUUUAAUGACAUACAUUGCAUUCGUUUAUAGAAAUGCGUUAGAAAUUCAAGUGAAACUCAGUGUAUCAAAUAUUUUAAAUAUUAAAGUGAAUGUGUGCUAAGUGAGUUUUGUCGGAUGACAUUUACAAAAAGUGGCGACAAAAGGAUUGUGUUUCAGUAUUAACUAUAUAUAAAGCAGGAAACUAUAAGUCAUAAAUUGAUUGAAUUUGGCACAAUGGCUCAAGUGGAGCCAAUGGAUAUUGACGAUAUUGAUAGCGAUUUCGACAACAAAGAAAAUAGUUCGAAUCACAGCAAUGUGCUGCCUCGGACACCCUGCAUGGAAAAGGGAUAUGAGGAAUUGGAUGUGUCUGAAUUGAACAUGAAGCUGAGGUAUUCAAUAACCCCUGCCGCUUCUCCUAUGUCCAAAAGUCUCAAUGAUUAUGAAAUAAGCACAAACAUUGUUGUGGCCUAUGAAAAUAAUAAUUUAACCCGUUCCCUAAAUUCUACAAUGACCAAAUCUGAAACAGUAACUUCUUUAAAAUCACUUCCGUUGCAAGUUCACACAAAUGAGAAAGUGAGCGAUGAUGUGAUUCCUUCAGUGCUGCGCACUGUACACCCAGCUUCUGACAACAAUGUAACUGUUACUCAAGAAGGGGUUAAUGAUAAUGUUGAAAACAUGUCCCUGCCGAGUACAUCAUCAUCUGUGACUCAUACACCGGAGGCAACAACACCCACAAAGGAGGUACCCAAACAUGACGGCAGCUCCCCUAUAAUGAGAGGUCUGAAAAGUGUACUUAACAUGUUUCGUUCCUCUCAAAGUCCCAUACCCCCUCCUGAGACUACAUUUACUAAUAUGACACAAGAAAUUCUUAGUCCUAACAACUCAAUUUUAAAAGACAUGGAAAAUAUCAGAUGUCAAACAGUUGUUGUAUCAACUCCUAUUGCAAAUAACAGAAAAGCAUCAAGCGAGUCUCGAAGAAACAGUCCUUUAAAAGAGAGUAUUGUGUUCAAUGAUGACCUGGAGAAGGAUUUGCAGUGGAAAGAUGAGACAACUAUAUUUUUCAAGGAUGAAAAAAUUCCCAUUCACAAGUUAUUUCCAUCUCAAUCCAUGUGCAAUUCUAGAACUUCAAAAAAGGUUACAAAAACUUUAAAAAUGGACAAAAGUGAAAGUAAAAACAUGACAGAAGAAUACAUGAGUAUGUCAAAUACUGCUUCAUUAUCUCAAAGUGGAAUUGGUAUAAAUGCCCAACUUCUAUCUUUACAAAAUGAAGUUUCUGCUCUAGAGUCUGAUGGUGAAUUUGUUGACUGCGAGAUGACACUCAAUGGAGAAUCCUUUAAUAGUAAAUUGAGUGAUCAAGAAGAUAAUGGUUAUGAGAUAACUAAGAAUGAUGAUAAAUUUAUUCAUGAAAAUACUAAACAAGUAAUAGAUAACAUUGAAGAUUUAUUAACUGAUUGUAAAGAAAACAAAUCAUUUGUGGUACACAAGCCAUGUGAAAUAAGUUGUGCAUUAUCUACUGAAAAAAAUUCAAAUCAAAGCAUAUUUUUGAAUGACAACAUAAAUGAUCAGGAAGAAUUUGAAUCUAAAACAAAUAUUGCCUACGAGAGACAUUCUACAUCUGAAAGUGCAAUAGAGAAUAAUGCCAACAUAAAUGAAGUGCUUGGAUCAAAUAUGGAAAGUAUUCAGAGUGAGAAGAAAUAUGAUUUGAGUGCAGAAGAGCAUCCAAACUCUACUAAUGUUACUUUAUGUGAAGAUAAUGGUAAGAUAUGUGAUUCAAAUAAUGAUUACAAUGAAAAAGUUCAUCCCAGUGAAGUUCCUUUACCACAUGAUAAUAAUAUUAACUUUAUGGAGUUUCUCAGUACUACAAAAUAUAUGAAUGAACCUAAGGUGUGCACCGUACAACAAGAUUUGAAUAAAACUGCCAUGACUGUUGAUUCUAGUGAAUCAGUAAUGAUGCAAGAAAGCUAUUGCAAACAUGUUCAAAAUGAAUAUGAAGUAAAGCUAGAUAAAGAUAACAAUCUGGAAACUGCUAAUUUAAAGCCAUCUGAUAAGGUUGAUGUACCUAUAACCAAGGAAACUACAUUACAAUAUAUAGGUGUAGACAAACAAGAAGAUUAUAUGGAAAAUCAAAUUAUUGACUCAAUUCACACCCCUGUAAAUGUACCCUUCAUACCAGUAACUACAGAAUGUAAUGAUGAUCAAAACCAAGUACCUUAUAAUCAAAUUGAAUUAAUUCAAAAAGAUAAUAAACUUUUCUCUAAAUGUAUUAAUGACAAAGAAAUUAAAACUGACAAACUAGAAUUGGGGGAACUCAAUGAUGAUCAUUCACAAACAAAUAAGUGUAAGAAUGAUGACUUGUCAAUGAAUCCCCAUCAUUCAACAAGUGAAGAUGCAUCUUUGAAUACUUGUGGAUUGUUGAACAUUACAACAAUUGAACAGAAUGUCAUUGGAGCUCAAAAUUCAUUUAAUGUUGGUUCAAAAAAAGUUCACGAAGGAAAUGAAACAAGUAGUACAAAUUCAAUGAUGUAUGAUUUCAAUGAAAAUGACAAAGAAUCAAAUAGUACUUUGAUUAAUGAAAAAAUUAAAAAAACAAUGGACUUAGGAGAUGAAACCCUGGUAAUUGAAAAUAAUUCCAAUGAAUUGUCAGAUAAAUUAACUAAUUUUGAUAAUACCUAUUUGAAUGAGCCAAGUGACUGUGCUCCAGACACAACCUUCAAUAUGGAUGCAAAAAAAGAAACAAAUGCAAGUAGAGAUGAUGAUAAAAAACUUGAUCAAAACAAUAUAUCGAAAAAUACUGCAAUAAAUGUACUUGUUGAAAGUAGCAAAAUGUAUGAGGAUGUACACGAAGGCAAAAAUACUAAAAUUGAAACAAUAUUGAAUUCAGUAGCUGGUGAGGAACAUGUUAAUGUUAAAGAAACUUCAGAAUCGCAAAUGUUUAGUGAGGGCGACUGUUCAAACAACAAAGAAAUAAAUAAUUUUUAUUCUAAGAAUACAGUUUUACAAGAAAAUAAAACAGUAAAUGUAUCAGAUAUUUUAAAUGCGAGAAAAAGUGAAGUACUGCAAUUAGAACAUUGUUUAAAUGUAACAAAUUCACUAGAUUACAUAAAUAAAACAUAUGUUACACCCGACAAUCCUUCCAAUCUACCAGACCAAGAUACUUUAGUUGAAACUAUAGAGGUAUUUGCUUGCCAGACUGAGAAGACUGACUCCAAGUCUGCUAUGAACAAUCACGAGGUUACAAGCCAAGAACGAAUUACUGCAAAUUCUUCAUUGCAUAAAAUAGAAAACGUCAGUAUUUUAGAUAAAAAUAGUAUAUCAUCACAGGUCACAGGUAGUGAGCCUAAAAAUGUAUUCAAUUUGCCUGAAAUAUCAAGCGCGUUUAUUUCAAAAGUGAAAGGAAACGUGGGUACGUCAUCAACACCAGAUGCAGAUGAUGAUUCUAAGUACAUUUUCAAAGUACCGUCUAGUAAUUUGACUCAUCUUUCUCAAAAAUGUGACAGCCACACUCAAGACAUAGAUCCCAAAUUAUGUGUAGAUAAAAACGAACUUGAUUCUCCUGACGUGAGCACGUCGUCAAAAGGUUCAGAAGCGACAGUCCAUGAAGUCAACACCGAAGACGAUGAUACUGUAGAAGCUUCUUUCUUUGAAACCGAAGAAUUUAAUGAAGUUGAUAAAAAAUCAGAUCACGAAGACAUGAUAGAUUUUUCCGAUAUACCGACUCAAAAGAUUAACAACAAUGCCUACAAAGGAGAAAUGUUUAUUGAUGCCGAGGCAUUUCAGUUUCUCCUGAAUCAGAAUAAAAGCAAUGUCGUUGCAGACAGUGGCAGAGAGAGCUUGUUUCUAAAAUUUGAUCCACUCUUUGCAAAAAGAAUGUCUAUAGACGCAGCGUCCGUUAAUAAAAUUCAAAAAGGCCAAAGUACACCCAAGAAGAUUUCAAAAGCCUUAUCGAAUAUCGAUUUUUAUAGAAACGCUAACGAAACCACAGAAAGCACUUUAGAAGCUAACUUUGAAGAUUCUACGGUUCUACUUUCAAAACCAAUGAUGGUAGUGAACCCUGCUGUUAAUUCUGUCUUUUCGCCAAGAAACAAAUCCUGCACUCCGCCGAGAGCUAAUCGGCGAUCCCAUACAUUUACGUCGCCAGCCAUAGCUGUCAUAGACCGCCUCCUCUCGUUAAGUGGCGAUAACUCUGCGCUAAACCUCGAGAUGUCAAUCAUUGAUGUACGCGGACGAACGAAUGAAACAGAUCAAGUCUUGACACAGUUAAGAGAGUUAUUAGCUGAAAAAGAGAUAAACGUUCAUGGCCUACGGUCUGAGAGCAAGGAAUUAUCGGAAAGACUGCGUACGUUAGAAUCGCAAGUGAAAAUCUUAGAAACUGAAAGUGAACAGAGACUCCGAAAAGUAGACGAUUUAAACAAAUGUCUAGUUGAGAAAAGCAAAAUGAACAAGGGUAUGGCGGUUGUAGUGGAAGAAUACGAGAGAACUAUUGCAAGUUUGACGGCGGAAAUCGAGCAGGACAAGAAGGCGCAUGCGGAAGAACGACUCAAAUUAAUAAAUGAACGAAACGAACAGAAUGCCCACCUGGCGAGCAUGACCAUGUCAUUUAAUGACCUGCACAGUAAAUAUGAGAAAAAUAAACAAAUAAUUAUGAAUUGCAAAGACAAAGAAGAAAAAUAUAAACGAUCUAUCAAGGAGUUCGACGAGAGUGUUAUAAAGAUACAGAAUAACUAUGAACUAUUGAAGCAGCACGCGACGUCCAAUUUAAACAAUAAAAACGACGAGUUUGAAAAGUUGAACAGGACUCACGAAGCCGAAGUUUUAAAAUACGGAGCUAUGAUAAAGAGGAAGGAGAUGGAUAUUUCUUCUCUAAAGGAGACUUUGGCACAAAAAAUUAAGGCCAACGAGGAGCUGACGGCGAUCUGUGACGAACUUCUGAACAAAGUGGCAUAAUAAAGUCGCAUGACACCAUCGAAACCGCCGCGGCCAGCCCGCUGUGCUGAGCCGGCAAACCGAUCUUCGCUAUCUCGUCAUAA